AUGAGAUCUACCCUUCGGUUACUGGCCAACAUCAAGUCACCCCGGUACUUGGAGCCUUUUGCUCCUACCGGGUUGACCGGCCUUCUCACUCACCCUAGCCCACGCCCGACCUUGAUCUAUCUCUACACGUCUACCCUGCAAAAACUGAAGGCGUUCCCCGAGACCUCUGCCUAUCGCCAGUCUACUGAGGCAUUGACCCGUCAUCGCCUGCAAAUUGUUGAGUCGACGAAACCCCCCGGAUUCGAUGCCUGGUUGGAGCGUGUGAAGAAGACGGUGGCCGCCGAACCUGAACGAUUCGCCUCUCUUCGUCGCUCUGAUGGUUCGUACGCAGCGGCCAUGCGGGAUGAUGGAAGCGACAAUCCCCGCGGGGAAGAAUGGGACGGUGAAUCUAUUGAAGCGACCACCGAAGGUCCUGCUCGUACGGCGGCGGAGGAGGCGCGCUGGGAAAAGGCCGUUGCUGAGUCUACUGUAGAACACAAGGACUCGGACUUCUUCCCUCAAGAAAUGAAGUGGGAGAACGAACCUGCUUUAGAAGCACAGCAGAUCUCCGAUAUUGAGAACAAGAUUGGUGCUGGCCUUAUUGAAGAAGUCAUUCAAGUCGCGGAGGGUGAGCUGAAGCUGGUGGAUGAGUUGUAUAAGUCCAAGGCUUGGGAGGAACUGGAAGAGAAACCCAGCCCCGGUCAGUGGGUCUACUUCGAGCGUAACACGCCUGGCUCCGCUUGA